UUGAGGCGGGACUUGUCUACGUGAACCUCCGCCUACCUGUUUGUUUUUGUCGCGCUCUGAUGACGUAGCACAACGUUUGCAGUCAUGGCGGCGGAAGGUUUGGAAGACCUGAGUGGCAACGGGGAGCUGGAAGAUCCUUCAGCCAUGGAGGCCAGCGAGGCCCCGGCCCCUCCCCCGUCGGAGGCCCCAGAGGAGAUGGUGGAGGAAAACGGGGCCGGAGCCGCGGCCCCCGACGCAGCCCCGUCCGUCCGUCUCGCUGACCCUCCGGCCUUCUCCAUGCCCUCCAUGCCCGAGGACGAGGAGGGGGAGCUGCCCGCCGACUUCGAGCGCCUGUGGAAGGCCGCCAGCGACACGCCCAACGACUUCACUACUUGGACCGAUCUGCUGCAGUACUGCGAACAGGAGAGCCAUAUGACGGCGUCGCGCCGGGCACUGGCCGCCUUCCUGGCCCGCUACCCGCUAUGCUACGGCUACUGGAAGAAGUACGCCGACCUGGAGAGACGCAGCGGCUACAACGACAAGGCCCAGGCGGUGUGUGUGCAGGGCCUCCAGGCCAUCCCGCUCAGUGUGGACCUGUGGAUCCAUUACAUCAACCUGCUGCUGGGAACCCUGGACAUGAACCUGCCCGACUCCCCUGACCGCAUCCGCAGCGUGUUCGAGGGCGCGGUUGUGGCGGCCGGCGUGGACUUCCACUCGGACCGGCUGUGGGACCUGUACGUGGAGUGGGAGAAGGAGCAGGGCAACAUGCGAGCCGCCGGCGCCGUGUUGGACCGCGUGCUGCGCGUCCCCACGCAGCUCUACAGCAGCCACUACGACAAGCUGAAGGCCCACCUCAGCAGCCACGAGCCCCAGGAGGUGCUGUCUGCGGAGGAGUACGAGGAGCUGCGGGCCGCCUGCCGCCAGAGCCAGAAGGCGGAGCGGGCGGAGCAGGCACAGGAGGUGGAGGAGGAGCGGCCCCCGGGGGAAGAGGAGCCCGCCACGCCCGAGGACCACGAUUCGGAGGAGCUCAUGCAAAAGAUCCGGGAGCAGGUGGUGGCUCGCCGGGAACUUGUGUACCAGCAAAACGAGGGGGAGGUCCGCAAGAGGUGGCACUACGAGGACGCCAUCAAGCGGCCGUACUUCCACGUCAAGCCCCUGGAUCGCGUCCAGCUGCGGGCCUGGCACACCUACCUGGACUGGGAGGUGGCCCAGCUCAGCUCAGACACCAAGGACCCCGGCCAAGAGCCCACCCAGGAGGCCCAGGAGGAGGGGUCAGAGGUCACACCACCGGCCCAGGAGACGCCGGCAGAGACCAGCGCCGUGGUGGUCGCCACCGACGACCACAGGGUCCGCAUCCUGUUUGAGCGCUGCCUGAUCGCCUGCACACUCUACGAGGAGUUCUGGACCCGGUACGUCCAGUACCUGGAGCCCCACAGCGUGGAGGAGGCACGGGCCGUGUACCGCCGGGCCUGCCUGGUCCACCUCACCCACAAACACACCAUCCACAUGCACUGGGCCACCUUCGAGGAGAGGCAAGGGGACCUGUCGGAGGCGCGGCGGGUGCUGGAGGCCCUAGAGACCACCCUGCCGGGGCUGGCGGCCAUCCGGCUGCGCAGGGCGGGGCUGGAGCGACGGGCGGGCCACCUGGACCAAUCGGAGGCCCUGUUGAGGGAGGCGGUGGAGGAGUCACGGGAGAAGCCGACGCUGCACGCCUUCUACUCCAUCAAGCUCGCCCGCCUGCUGCUGAAGCUCGGCCACAACGCCAGCAAGGCCCGCGCAGCGCUGCAGGAGGGCCUGGAGAUCAGCCCGGACAACGGAAAGCUGUACAUGAACCUGCUGGAGCUGGAGGCGUCCGGGGACCCCCGGUCUGCGGCCGGGGCGGUGCAGGAGUGUGUGACGAGGGCCCUGGCCGCGCCCCUCUCGCCCCGAACCAAGAUGGCCUUCUCCCAGAGGGGCAUGCAGUACGCCGAGGACUACGGCACUUCCAUCCAGAGUGUGCUAGCCAUCUACCAGGACCACCAGAGGCUUCUGCAGGAGCUGAACCCCAAGAAGAGGAGUGCUGAGAACGGGGACGAAGAGUCGGAGAAGCUGAUCAAAUCCGACGACGGCUCUGCUGUCGCCGCCGGGCAACAAGUCCCGCCCACCAUGCCCCAUGUCCCCAUAACCACGCCCCCUCCCCCUGUGAUGGGCGCCGAUGCCAGCGCCCAGGGGACCUACGGGGCCUACAACAGCUGGUACCAGCAACCUCAGUACGGCAGCUACGGCUACCAGAACGCCUGGAACUACAACCAGGGGUACUACCCGCCCAGCUAGGCCGACGCAGAGUGGGGGGGCCAAGAACGGCGUGACGGCCACCGGAAGCCACCCUUAACCCCUACGCACAAUGUCCUUUCCGUCACCAGCCUCCCACUGGAAUCACAGGAAUUGUGGGUAAUGUCACUGUGGAAGCUGGAGAAGAGAGCGAGAAAAAUAAGGACACAUGCUCAGUUCAGGGGGGGGGGGGGGGGUCCACCCAUAACAUGAGGCUCCACCAUAGACAGUUUGCAUCUGCUUUUUUUUUUUUUAAACCAAUUAUAGCUUGCAUCUGCUCUGGGUGAAAUUCCCACCAGUAUCUUUUUUUAUUUUGUAUUUAAGAGGCCCCUGCCUCUUGUGUUUUAAUCCAAACUGUGUGUAAUUGCUCCAGUCUGCCCCCCCCUCCCGGCCACCUUCCAUCCACAUUUUAAAGCUGUCCAUAGCGUUCAGCCAUACAGCCUAGUACGGUCGGAGUACUGCAUCAUUCCACAGACUAGGCCAGCUGUUCUGUCUUUUUUCUUCUAAUGUGUAUAUAAAGGUGUUUUAUAGCGUGUCUCUGUAAUGGCGCUUCAUUCGUGUUCAAGUUUCUGGAGUUUUUAUCCAAAACUUGAAAAAUGUGGUUUGCAAAGAAUAAAGUGUUAAACCAGCUCUUCCACCAAAGCCAAUGGGGGGGGAAACACCUGCUUAAGGGAUGAGGGUGUUCCCUGGAAUAUCGCCUUGCUUCUGGGCAGCUGAAGAAAGGCACACAUUCAUUACUUCUUUGACCUUGUGUGUUAAUGAGUUGUGGUCACCCAUCCUGGAGUCUUCUCACAUGGGGACAACCUCGUGUAACAUCUAUUUUUGCAAGUCUGCUUGUUGAUCUUUUGCCAUUUGUAAUAAAGAUUGUAAACCUGA